AUGCUUCCCCCCUUUUCGCCUCCUAAGCUCUGUCGCGAAGUCAAGCCAUUCCUGUACAAAUUGCCCUUGACCUUUGAUGGCCAAUCUCAGCUGUUCGACUGGCUGUCAAAAGUAGAUCAUGGUUACCUUCGUCACGUAGAAGAAAUAGGCUUCAAGUUGCACGAUAUCAACCCCGACGAAAUUGUUGGAGCGCUGGGCAAGAAGCUUCAGAACGCAAACAUCACUAGGGCGAGCGGCUCUCGCGGUCCAGAUACUCCAGAUAACCCAUAUUUUGAGGCUUGCCGUGCGGAUCUCAGACGGAUCGGAGCAGCGUUCCGUCUGCUCCCUAACCUCCGGUAUCUGACCAUCCUCUCGGCUUCAGACAGAGAUUCCCGGCCCCAUCACCGGACCCAGGACGCCUUUUCCAAGUUGGUCGGUCAGUGUUUUCCAAAAUUGAAAUCCCUUAUUAGCGAGGAAGAUCAAUUCCCGAUCGACUUCGUGUCCGGAAAACCAGAAUUACGGAGACUUCGGUUUCCGGCCACGACCAGUAGCGACGACGAGGAGACCGAAGGACUCUUCUCGGCUCUGUCCUUGAGUGAACUCGAGAUUUGCCGGCUGCCACACCAUACCGCCAGCGGUGCCGAAGAAUGGGACUGCGUGACCCCCAUCCUCGAGGGUUCACCGUCCCUGCAGUCAUUGACCCUGUUCGAGCGACACGGAGCCGAGACGCCGAACCUGGCAGCCGAGGUAUUCGUCGGGUCACAGGCCGCGCUGAGAAGACACCGGGGUUCCCUCCGGACGCUGAAGCUCCUGGCCAAACCCGGUCCCGAGUACUCGGCAGACGAAGACAGUGACCCCGUCCACCCCGAAGCCUGCUGCGCCGCCUUCCUCGCCCAAUCCUCCCUGACCCACAUCGAAUUCACCGACGUCUGGAUGCCCAUCUACGAGCAGCUCCCCCGCACCAUCCAGACCGUCACCUGGCGCCUCGACGAAUCCCCCCGGCCGCCCAACGUGGCCACGUCCGUCGCCCGGAUCAAGAAGAUGGUCACCCACGCCGUGCGCGCCCGGGGCAACCCGCGCGAUCCCACACUCCCGCUCCUGACCCGCAUCUCCAUCCACCUGGACGGCUUCUUCCCCGCCGCGGACAUCCGGCAUCCGGACCAUCCGUCCCGAGAGAUUUUGAUGAUGGCGCGGGCCAAGUUGGGCGAUCUGGGCAUCCGGCUCGACUGGAAGGGGUGGGAGGGGGUGCCGGGUUUGUGA